UUGUGUACCCUUUACGUGUUUCAACUUGUAUUGCACUUUGCAAACCAGCUGUACAUUAAACAAAUGUAUGAAUUUAUUCGGAUUACCCAGUAGGCCUACUAACAUUUUGACACGUAGCAACUAUCAGAUACUGCUACCGAUUAUAUCUUAGAGCUAUGGCCCGGAAGGUUUUUUGAUUUGGUGCGAGGCAACCUCUAACAGCUUUCGCUGACAAGUGUUUUGAUGGCGGUUCCACGAGUUGGUGGUUCUAACGCCAGCGAGGCAAUUACGUCGUAAGUGUCCACGAAAACACUGCCAGCAACAUUGUGUGUUACACAGACACUGACAGGAAGAGAUUUGUGGCCGGCAGAAUGUCCGUGGUCGGGAAGAUAGCCAUCGUUACAGGUGCCGCUGAGGGGCUGGGCAAAGCGUUCACCAAAACCCUGCUCGAAAACAAGGCGAAGGUAUGCAUGGCUGACAUUAACGCAGACAAAGGGAAGAAGACGCAGAAAGAAUUCGAAAGUGCCUUCGGUAAAGAUACUGUCAUUUUCCAAGCAACCGAUGUGGCGUCUCAUGAUCAAAUAGAAGCACUGUUCAAGCUGGCCAAGAAGACGUUUGGAGGAUUAGACAUCGUCAUCAACAACGCUGGCAUUAGUGGUGAAGUCUAUCCUCUGUGGGAAAAAGUUGUCGAUGUCAAUUUGAAAGGGACGAUAGCGGGCACGAUGCUGGGACUAGACGCGAUGAGACGCGACAAGGGAGGACAUGGAGGGGUGAUCGUCAAUGUAUCAUCGAUGGCAGGUGUAUCACCAAACCCGUUUGGCCCGGUCUACUCAGCCACUAAAUAUGGUAUCCUUGGCUUUAGCCAGAGUUGGGCGAUGAACCCAGACAUCAUCAAGAACGGCGUCCGUGUCAACGUUCUGUGUCCGUCGUUCGUGGAUACGAAUCUGUUUGGAGACCUCAACAGCGACAACUGUUUAAACGUUCCAGCACUCAAAGCUGUCAUUCAGAAGUUCGGGGUCAUGACAACUGAUUACGUGGCAGAAGGUUUGAUGGAACUGAUUAAAGAUGAAACGAAAAAUGGCGCCAUAUUGAAAAUGAGAAAAUACGAAGGAAAAGAAUAUGUUUAGCAGACGUGACCGUUUACGUAACAAGAUACCACUGUGUGUGUUUGUGUGUGUUCGCCCGUGUAUAUGUAUAUACAUGUAUUUGUGUACCUGUACAUAUCUGUGUACAUGUAUAUUUGUGUGUAUUGUGUGAGUCUUGUAUUUGAAUAUGUAUAGGUAUUGUGCAAGUGUUUGUGUAUAUGUGUAUCUGUGCGUGUACGUGCGUUUCAUUAUAUACAUGUACAUGCGUGCGUAUAUAAUAUGUACAAAGGUGUCUGUCUUCUUUUUUUGGGGUCUUUUUUUUUUAUUUAUUGUCCCCAGAAACAAGAGCAAUGUCAUGGUUGGGGCCCUCGAAUCAUUACUGUACAAUUGUAUGCUGUAUAAAUUGUUUACAGAAAUUUGUUUGUACUGUAUGAACUAUAAUUAACCUUCUUUGAAAAUACGGGCGGGACGUAGCCAAAUGGUAAAGCGUUCGGUGGACCCAUUUGGGCUAUUUCUCGUUCCAGCCAGUGCACCACGACUAAUAUAUCAAAGGCCGUGGUAUGUGAAAUCCUGUCUGUGGGAUGG